AUGUCAUCUCAGUCGGUGCAUCCCGCUGCAAGCCCGCCUGGUGCCCGGGCUGCGCGCUCCGGACUCUUGCCCGGACAGACGGACAGACAAAACUUUGCUCUCUAUGCGUGGUCUGUCAUCUCAGUCGGUGCAGCCCGCUGCAAGCCCGCCUGGUGCCCGGGCUGCGCGCUCCGGACUCUAGCCCGGACAGACGGACAGACAAAACUUUGCUCUCUGUGCGUGGUCUGUCAUCUCAGUCGGUGCAGCCCGCUGCAAGCUCGCCCGGUGCCCGGGCUGCGCGCUCCGGACUCUAGCCCGGACAGACGGACAGACAAAACUUUGCUCUCUGUGCGUGGUCUGUCAUCUCAGUCGGUGCAGCCCGCUGCAAGCUUGCCCGGUGCCCGGGCUGCGCGCUCCGGACUCUAG